AAUGCUUCCUGCAAAGUCGCUCGCCUGAAGAUAUUGGAAAGAUUUCCCAUGAGAAUCAUGGAUGGAGGUCGCAUUUAUAUGAAUAAUGCUUUCUUCCACCAGAAUCACAUUUCCAGUUUCAUGGUUUAAUGUCGCCAGAAUUAUUGCAACUAUUUUGGUUUGUCAAAGUUCACUGCAACUAAUUCAAGCAACUCAUCAUCAUCAUCAAAGUGAAACUGAAACUCCAAGUUCUGUCAAAAGUUUUGGCAGGCUAGAUCAACUGACAAUCCAGAAUUUUGAUAAAAGCCUUCACCAUGAAGACAGUGAGGUACAAGAUCGUUUCAGUCCAAUAUCCCUUGUCAGGAAAAAAAAAACUCAUAUCUCAAGACAAGAAGACGUCGUUAACCCAAAUAUUCCUGACCGGACAUAUAGAUAUUUCAGCAAUCAACAUCAUUACUUCACUAUAAAAACAAUUGGAUCAGAAGAUGGUACCACUAUUGUUGACACGUGGAAAGGAAAUUGUCCAAAUUUUAUGCCAGUAAUGAUAAAGCCAUUUAAUAUAUCUACCCCAAUUUUUGGAUCAAGAGAGAAAAUAAUUAAAGUUGUUUUACGCAAAAGAAAAGAACGGACGAACAAAAAUGUUUGCAUUAAGAACACAUGCUGUAUUUUUCCAAAUGUUGUUUCAAUGCAGCUGUUGAUAGCAUGGUUCGUAAAAGGUUAUGAGUUUUUCAGCUCAGAUAAUUUAUGUUGUAAAAUAUCGGUGCUAUGUUUAGAUGAAGGUUUGGCUACACAUAUCAUUGGACAUGACUUGGAUGUUUAUAUCAAAGCUGUGGACAAAAUUAAAUCAGAAGGGGAACUUGGACACAUAACACUUAAUCUUUAUAAUUUACAUGAAAAGGUUGACAAUGAUUUUAAUUACUCCAGUAUGAGGAAUAACUCCAGUAUGAGGAAUAGGCGGGACAUAUCCAGCUUUAAUUCUAGCAGAGAUUUCAACACAACGAAGACUUUUCAUCAAAUUUCAAUACAGAACAACGUAGAUGCCAGUUGGGGCAUGGUGUGUGUGUUUAGUGUGGUGAUGCUUGUGAUCGUUGUCGGCUGCGGCUUCAAGAUGUUUGACAUGAAGCAGAAUACUAAAGUACAUUUUUCCUACCAUGAUGGUAUUCAUCUUAUGUAUGUGAAUGAUCUGAUACGUAGGAAAGCAAGACUUUUGCCAAUGUUCCGGUCUGCAUGGCGACAGAAUGACGAAGAAAUACUAUUUCAGCGAGGAAGAAAAGAUCCGGUGCCUCUGGCAUCUGUAGUUGAGGAGGAUGAGGAGGUCCAAAUAGAGAAUUAUAAUGAGGAUGAACAGUAUUUAGAUUUAUAGAAGCAGACUAUUCAUACAAAUAGUGAUAGAAUGAAUUUCAAAGUUACAUGUGAAAUACAUGUAGUUUAGGGAUCCCUGUCCCACUGGGGUUUUCCUAUAUGCAGUUACCUCCCCUUAACUUCUGUUUAGAUGUAAGUGUAGAACAAUUAUGCCAGGCCACUUCCUUUGACCAGGUAGCUCAAUCAGAGCAAUACUUUAGCAGUCUGAAUUUCAUGGUUUGAUUAUGCUCUAGUUCUGUGGUGUUUCACUCGGAUCGAGUGUUGUUGAUUAUAAUUUGUUUAUUUCAUCUUUAUUAUUUCUCAUGAAAGUACUGCAAGGUGUGGUUUUCUCUUCAGAAACGGUUUAUCAAAGCUAUAGUCAUGCUAAAAAAAAAAAUUGAUUAUUUGAUUAAUUACUUAAUUAUAGUUAUUGGUGAUGCUACGGGGAUCCUAAAUACUAUCCUUUAGACCUACUUACUAAUCUUAUAUUUUUGGAUAGACCUGAAGGUUUAACAAAUGUUACCUGGUAUAUUUAGUAAAUAUGAAUAUCCUUAAGUUUAAACAUAGCAUGCACUAACUUUAUGUAAUAAAUUUACAAAGGUUUCUCAUCAUCCAUAACUGUAGUAACUAUAUUUUUGUCCACAAUAUGAGAUAAAUACAGUGACAGACUUGUAUGUUAGAAAGACCAUUACAUGUGUAACAGGAGAGGAAAAAUGCACGGUCAGACUGGGGUUUGAACCCAGGACCUUCCGAACUGUAGAUGGACGCUCAACCAAUUGAGCUAUCUGGUCGCCGACGAUUGACCCAGUCUAGUUCCGCUACAUUCCUCCCACCUUUAACAA